AUGGCUUCUGCAGACGAAGACAAUUUCGAUAUUGACAUCUACGGUGAUGGAGAAGUUGACAUGGGCAACGAUGGAACUGUGGAUUAUAAGGCAGAUGACAAUGAUGUCCAUUUCAACGCAGGCGCCGCAGAAGACAUCCCCCUUGUGACCCCCCUUGCGGAAGAGACGCAUGCGAACUCCGAGCCCGAGGACCAACAGCCAACCUCGAGUGCAACCACGCCUUGGACCAAGGGAAAGGGUGAAGAUGUCCAAUCAAAUAACACCAACGCCAUUCCGUCCAAGACCAUACCACAACAAGGUACUAAACGUAAAGAGACCUCGGACGAGAGACCCAUCGACCACGGGGCUACCAACGCUUUGAUGAUUUCAGACUUACAUUGGUGGACAACUGAAGACGACAUUCGCGGUUGGGUGAACGAGGCAGGGUCUGAAGACGAACUGAAGGAGUUGACUUUCAGUGAACACAAGGUAAAUGGCAAGAGCAAAGGCCAAGUAUAUCUCGAGUUCUCUUCUCCUCAGGCAGCAACGGCAGCUAAACACAAGAUCGACUCCUUGGCGGGCAAUCAGCCUGGCUCUCGCAAGCACUCAGUCGCGUACACCAGUGCCACUCAGAAUCCUUUCAAGACCCUCCCAAAAGAUGCGCCAGCUCGGGUCAGGGAAGAGAGACCCAUCCGCGGCGGGUCGUUUAAUUCCGGACCUCGCAGCGACGCCAGUUACGGUAUGAACAACCAAGGCUUUCGAGGUGGUCGGGGUGGUGGCUUCAACCGUGGAGGCUACAAUCCACACAAUCAGUAUAACCGCAACUUCUCAGGUCCAAUGGGCGGUUAUAACAACAGCCAGAGCAUGGGCUUUCAGAGCAACAUGGGAAUGGGAAGUAACUAUGGAGGCUUCAACAGGGGAGGAAUGAUGGGCAACCCAAUGCGAGGCGCCAUGGGCGGCAUGCGUGGGGGCCGUGGAGGCAUGAACAACAUGAUGCCCAUGGGCGGUGGGAUGGGAAUGGGUAACAUGGGCAUGAAUCCCAUGAUGGCUGGAAUGGGAAUGGGAGGUUUUCAGGGAAACCAGUUUAAUUCCGGAAUGUUCAACUCUGGCCCAGGGCCGAAUUUUGGCGGUGGCGAUUGGAAUCAACAUGGAGCGAAACGCCAGCGACAGGAGUAG